AUGCCCAACCCCUGGCCUACAGGCCUGCCCCUGGCCUACAGACCAGACCCCUGGUCUAUAGGCCUGCCCCUGGCCUACAGACCAGACCCCUGGCCUAUAGGCCUGGCCCUGGUCUACAGGCCUGGCCCUGGUCUAGGCCUGGCCCUGGUCCACAGGCCCGACCCCUGGUCUACAGGCCUGGCCCUGGUCUACAGACCCGACCCCUGGUCUACAGGCCUGGCCCUGGCCUACAGGCCUGGCCCUGGUCUACGGCCGGACCCCUGGUCUUUAGGCCCGGCCCCUGGCCUACAGACCAGAUCCCUGGUCUAUAGGCCCAACCUCAUAAAUAAACAGUAA